AUUUACACUCUAUCAGGACAAGAUUUGCGCAGUAUUACAAAGUCAUUCUGUGUCUCCACUCAAACAGAGGAUUUUGUGCUGAAACGAAUAACACUAUCACCAUGGCAAUGUCAAACAUUGUGAUAUCUAACCAGCCGAUGGGCGGGAGGCAGAUGUUAAUAGGCUCGGUGGAAGGUCACAGAGACUGGGACACUGGUCUUUUUUCCUGCUGUACCGACUGCAAGUCAUUAAUAAUGACAUACUGUUGUCUACCAUGCGCCCUGUGUAAUAUAUCAUCUCGUGUUGGUGAAUGUAGCUGUAUGCCAUGGUUUGUCCCGGGUGCUCUGGUUGCACUGAGGACCCGAAUCCGAACCUUAGGUGGAAUACAGGGUUCAAUUUGUGGUGACUGUGUGGCGAUGUCAUGCUGUGGACUGUGCGCCAUAUGCCAGAUGCAGAGAGAACUGGACGCUAUGGGUCUCUAAACGCUGCGAGAAGGAAAAUACGCGCGCAUGUUGCGGGCACAGACAAUGACUGACUCAGUAUUUUGUAAAUUUCAAUUAAAAUGCAAUUCAUGUAUGAACAAACAGUCGAAUGUAUACUAUUUUUAACUUAAGAAUUCUGGACUAUGAACAAAUAAAGGAAUACUUUUACAUAUAUUUACAAUUCAUUUCGUUGUGCACACAUUUGCAAGCUGUUCCAAAGUUUUUGAAGUUUGUUAAAUUAACCAUGCCUUAACAUACUGAAAUGAACAAAUUUUAAACCUUUGAUUUCACCGACAUCUUUUACAUUGCUAGAGGUAUAUAUUAAGUGAUCUAUGAGAGCUGUCAACUUUACAGUUCUCCACGCGUGUAAAUCGGGAGUAAGUUUGCGAUGUUCACUACAGGGUAAAAAAAAAAAAAAAACAACCAAAAAAAAAUUUUCUUUGAUAAAAUCGUUUGAACUAGCUUAUGUUUUCGGGUAAAUGUGUGAUGAUUUAAAUAUAGUAUCUAAAUUUAUUAAUAACUUAGUUUUUCAUCUACAACACUUCCAACAUUUUGUCCCAUAUGCAGAAAAAAUGCUGUUGUUACUUGGCACUGCAUAUGUCAGAGUUUUGUAUAUAUAAAAUUACAGCCCUUAAUUGUUUUCUGUCUUCUUAUAUACAUUUUGCAUUACUAUACUUUACAUAUACAUGUAUAGAAAUCUUUUAUAUUCCUUUUACGCAAAUAAAUUCAUAUAUCUUUACAAUC